CAUUACGACUGAGAAGAGCAGUGACGAUGGAGGAGGAGCCAGACGCGAAUCAUCGUCGCCGGCAGAUCUGCAACAGCUGCGAUCGACCAAAUCCGAUCUGUCUCUGCCACGUCAUACCGAACGAUCCAAUCCCAACGAACACAGAGAUCAUCAUCGUCCACCAUCCACACGAGUCACGCCACAAGCUCAACACGACACCUCUCCUCACCAAAUCCUUACGAAACGUCACCAGAAUCCCCCCCCGCCGUCUCCGCCGUCAUCACAUCUCCUCCGCCGGAGAAACCUCGGUCUCACCACCAAUAAGAACAAUCUACCUCUUCCCUUCUUCUCCUUCCUCUCCCGCCGUCACUAUAUCCGAAUUCAAAUCCCUAAAUCAACGCGACAUCUCAAACCCUCCGCCGCUGAGACUCAUCGUAUUCGACGCGACGUGGAAACACGCGAGUGAGAUGGUGAAAGCUAGCGAAGAGGUUCUAAGAGAAGCAGGAGCGGUUAGAGUGUGUUUGGAUACGGGAAUAGACGCAUCCGUGAGCGGAGGAACCAUCUACGACUCGGAGCUUGUGUUGAGGAAAGAACCAUUCGGAGGAUGUGUGACUACGGCGGAGGCAGUCGCACGGUGCUUGGGAGCUAUCGAACCGGACGGUGAAGAAAUCGAGAGGAAGCUGAUUAGUGUACUGAAAGAGAUGGUGAGGUUACAAUCUAAGUUCUUGAAGCCCAUGAAUCCAAGACCUAAGUUAUUGAAGAAGAGAUUACAGAAUCAAUCAGCUAACACUUGAACAAGAAUGAAUGAAUGAGUUUUUAGCUCUAUCAUCUAUGAUUGUUGAUGACAAGUAUUAUUAUUACAUUAGUCCAUUGUAGUAGUAGUAACUCGUUCUUCUGUAUCAAUAGUUACGUUAUAUGAAUUUCUCAAAUUUAUUCA